AUGUCGAAUUAUCAUGGGGAUUUCAGUCAAAAGAUCGAUUACGUGUUCAAGAUCGUACUAAUUAGGGAUUCUGCAGUUGGAAAAUCUCAACUGUUGGCUAGAUUUUCAAGAAAUGAGUUCAGUUUGGAUUCGAAAGCUACCAUUGGUGUUGAGUUCCAAACGAAGAUGAUGGUGAUCGAUCAUAAGAAUGUUAAAGCUCAGAUUUGGGAUACUGCUGGUCAAGAAAGUAGCAUACUCUUGAGCCCGGAUCAAAUAGUUAGCCGGUUUUUCAUCACCCUUCAUGGUGAUUCGCAGCAGUUGGCUUUUGAGAGUAAAUUCAUGAGAGGAGGAAACGGGUGCAUAAGCGCGUUCAAGUGA